AUGAAUGGAUACACUGGCGCCGUUGUCGCCCCGGGUGGCAUGUACGUGCGUGCUUUGUACGAUUACGACGCAGACGACCGCACCAGCCUGAGUUUCAGACAAGGAGACAUUAUACAGGUUAUCACUCAGCUCGAGAGUGGGUGGUGGGAUGGGGUUAUCAAUGGAGUUCGUGGAUGGUUUCCGAGCAACUACUGCGACGUCGUCCCUCGAAGCGUGGACGUCGGCCUCGAUGAAAGGAUCGCCGAGGAGGCGGAGGACGCAGACGUAGAGGAGGGACCACAAGAUGGGCCAGACGGACAAGACGACGACGCGGACUCUGCUGUUGACGAGGAAGGGGACUCUUUCGCCUCGCAGCUGUCUAUGAACGGAAGGGGAAAUAGCGAGCAAGAGGAGGCCGCUUUUUGGAUACCGCAGGCGACACCGGACGGAAGACUCUUCUACUUCAACACGUUGACAGGCGCAAGUACUAUGGAGCUGCCGCUGGAGUCGCCAUCCUCGUCGACAGAGAAUGGACCUCGAGACCGUACAAAUGUAUAUAUACCGGAGCAGACCAGGCCACCACCUGAGCUCAUGGCAGGCGGCUAUGUCAAUGAUGAUACAGACUAUGAAACUUCGGCAUCGGAAGCCGAAGGACGCUCGCUGCUGACGGAUUCGCACGGCUCCCUGCAUCAACACCAUUCACUAUUUUCUAACGGCAUUCGGCCCGCAGCAUCUAUGGAUUCUCUCAGUAUUACUUCUCCUACCCGAUCUCGCGCUGAAAGCGGCGACCCAACCACCAGUAGUUUCUCCGUGGUCCACAGCACCAUGCCAGCAAUUGGGACUACAAUGACCUCGUUUGCGAACAAUCCACUUGGUUCAUCCCUCUCGUCAGCCGCUCCACGGAGAUACAUCGAGGAUGUGAAUGUCGUGCCCCUAACCUGGCAUCGGAUGGUGGAGGAUGUACGGCGGUCGGUCGAGCGGUAUCGGCAAGCCAUCAACAACAGUGACCGCUCCGAAUUUGUGAGACGAGCAGAAGACAUCUCGGAUCACUUGAGGCUACUGCUCGCCGCCGGAUCGGGCACCACUGAUAACCAUUCGGGCAAUCCAUCGAUCAUCUCUACUAACAAAGCUCUGUACCCACACUUCCGGGAGACGAUGUCGCGAUUCUCAAAACUGGUCCUUUCCUCACAUAUUGCCGCAGCGGACUGGCCACCGCCAGACUCGUACGCCAAGUGUCUCAAAGAAGCCGAUGGUGUCCUGAAUGGAGUCUACGGUUUCGUGGAAGUUGCAAAACAGCAACGUGGUGAAGACAUACCGCGCCUGGUUCCGGGGUUCGUCGCUGGUAGUCGCUCAGGUGGCAGCUGGCAGAACAAUGGCUUAAACUCUCACGACCCAGCGAAUCCAUUGGCAUUUAUCGAGCAAGAUGACUUUGAAGCCCCGUCCGAGCCGUCCGCUUGGCUUGACUCUAAUCUGUUGAACAGGUUAGAGGAGCUCAGAAAGCUCAUUAACUCAAGCAUCCGCCAUCUGGACGAACAGUUGGCACUCCGAGAGAAGAUUGUGUCGCCAUAUCAGCAUCGGAUCAUAGGAGAUGGUGUGUGCAAGGCCGGCGGCGAAGUGCUCGAAUCCUACCGGCUGUGGAUCUCUGCCAUCGAGUCAAUAAACCUCGCACCGUUGGCAUCCAGUUUCCAGAAUCCUUCGAUUACGGAUCUUGGCAUGCACAAGCAGAGGGUGUACGACCUAGUAGCAGAGCUGGUUAUUGUUUGUCAGGCCGUGGCCGCGCCAUUAGCCGACGAGUGGGCCGAAGUUCGAGGGGAUCCCUUGGAAGAUCGGCUGCGUCACGUACGAGCAGUUUGCAAAGACCUGGAGUCGAGCACUUCGCAAUUGUACUAUUCAUUGCAGAUCCUUUCAGAAGAGAUACCAGUAGCAACUACAGCAUCAACCCGAAAUUCUAAGAGAAACACAGACGAAGGAGUCUACUUCCCAUCUCAUGAGCGGACUUCGUCAAGGCAGCAGCGUCCACUUCUGGGAGAGGCCAUACAGUCUCAGUCAUAUACAAAUGGAAUGGAGCACAAUAACGAUCCCAUCGCAGAGACCUACAGGUCUGGGGGCAAUCCAAAGGUCAAGAAAUUCUUCGGCGAAGUGCCUGCUCCAGUAGGAGGAACAGCUGGCGCCGCAGACGAUGUUCCCGAGUUCUUGCGGCUAGACUAUGAGGGGGAGAUCGCAUACGACUUAAAAGCCAACCCACCGCAGCUAAAGGGAGGAACCUUGACUGCUCUUGUGGAACAGCUAACCAGGCAUGAUCGACUCAAUUCGCCGUUUAACAACACUUUCCUCCUCACAUACAGGUCAUUUACAACCGCUUCGGAGCUGUUUGAGAUGCUGGCAAAAAGGUGGAGCAUACAGCCUCCAUAUGGCCUAGCCAAGGAGGACCUCCAGACUUGGGUAGACAAGAAGCAGAAGCCGAUAAGAUUCCGAGUGGUGAAUAUUUUAAAGACUUGGUUUGACAACUAUUGGAUGGAAGGUAGCGAUAGCGAGGCCCAGAAACUCAUCCAGCGAGUAAACGACUUCGCCAAGGACCACGUCGCAACCGCAAGCACUCCAGGAGCAGGGCCGCUACUAACCGCAAUCGAGCAGCGCUCUCGCGGACAAGACAUGCCUAAACGCCUUGUUCCGACUACAACUGCGCAAACGCCACAACCGAUCCUACCGAAGCAUAUGAAAAAGCUCAAGUUCCUUGACAUUGACGCUACGGAAUUUGCUCGUCAGUUGACUAUCAUCGAAUCUAGAUUGUACGGCAAGAUCAAGCCCACGGAAUGUCUGAAUAAGACUUGGCAGAAGAAGUUAAACCCCGGCGAACCGGAUCCGGCGUCGAAUGUCAAGGCGCUGAUCUUGCAUUCAAACCAGUUGACGAACUGGGUGGCGCAAAUGAUAUUGACGCAGCAGGAUGUCAAACGGCGAGUCGUGGUCAUCAAGCACUUCGUGAAUGUGGCGGACAAAUGCCGAUCGCUCAACAAUUUUUCUACUCUUACUUCGAUCAUAUCAGCGCUCGGAACCGCGCCUAUAUCUCGGCUCAACCGUACAUGGGGCGCAGUCAAUGCUCGCACGAUGACCACGCUGGAGAAUAUGCGCAAGUUGAUGGGCAGUACCAAGAACUUUGCGGAGUACAGAGAUACACUACACAAAGCCGACCCGCCGUGCAUACCCUUCUUCGGCGUCUACCUCACAGACUUAACAUUCAUCGAGGACGGCAUACCUUCUCUCAUCAAGAAGACAGAUCUCAUCAACUUUGCCAAGCGGGCGAAGACGGCAGAGGUGAUUCGCGACAUCCAGCAGUACCAGAACGUGCCGUAUCCACUCCAGGCCGUGCCGGAGCUGCAGGAUUAUAUCCUGACGAAUAUGCAAUCCGCCGGCGACGUGCAUGAGAUGUACGAGAUGAGUCUGCAGGUCGAGCCCCGCGAGAGAGAGGACGAGAAGAUCGCAAGGCUGCUGUCCGAAUCUGGUUUUCUAUGA